ACUAGUCCCACAAAACUGUGCCGCAAAGAGCUUUUCAGAUUAAACGUUUAACGAUGUUUUACAAGUUCACAUCCAAUUUUCUAAAAGUUAAAAGUGUUAAAUGUUGAUCAAAUGUAAAUAAUAUAUAAUAUAUGUGUAUGUAUAUUAUGUUUCUAUACUGAUGCAGGCUUGUUUGUAAUUAUAGUGUCAGAAAGUGACUUUGUUAAAACCAGUUAAUUUAUAAAAUGGCAACAAGUUCUCAGUCUUCAGUUGAGCUGGGUUCGCAUGAAGUGAAGGACUAUAUUUGUAAUGCCUGUGAAGACAAGACUAAUGUUGAGAAAAGUGCUGAUUUCUAUUGUAAACAGUGUGAACGGUUUUAUUGUGGAAACUGUAUUGAUCCACAUGGUAAUGCCUUUGCUAAGCAUACUACAUUUGGAAGGGUCGAAAUAGAUAAAUGGCCAGUUUCAAAAAAGGUGGUUGAUUUUCUACAAACUUGUGAUGUUCAUAAGGACCAUACAAUUGACAAGUUCUGCAACUUGCACGAACAGCUGUGCUGCCCUAAGUGUGUAUCUGAUCAACACAGCAAGUGCAGUAAAAUGACCCCGAUUUCGGAGCUGACCAACACGCAGCCCACAGACCUACAGGGACUGUCAGUGGAGCUGGAAACUGUCAUGGGGGGAAUCAAAAGCCUACAGAUAAAUCAGGAGGCCAGUGUUCAGUCAUUGCAGAGAACAUACAAGGAACAUGGGGCAGUCAUGAUAGAACAAUUGCAUGGCAAUUUAAGUACUAAUAUAGAUAAGUGUUUUAAUAGUUCUGUGGGUACAUCGGGCAAUAAUUUAAAAGAAGAAAUGUGUUGGAGUGUUCUUUCUAUUUUGAAUGAAUUUGAUAAUAUUACUGUGAAGGAACUAAAUGAUAUAAAAGAGGAAGUUAUAAGCAUAAAAGGGUCAGUUACAAGUUCUAUUUAUAAAUGCACCAGUCUUCACAAUGACUUGUCACAAUUCCAUGAAAUUGUUCAGAAAAUUGGAGAUAAUAAGGAGCUCUGCCUUAUAGCCAGCAUAAAAUGUAAGCAUAUAAUACAGCAGGCACUGACUCUGCUGGGGAAGUCAGGCAAGGUGUUUAAUGUCCAGAGUAUUACUAAGCAUAAUGUGAGAAUACCAAGUGAUAAAGGUGUAUGUUAUAUCAGAGGCAUAUGUGUUCUUCCCGAUGGGCAGGUACUGGUUGUAGACUGGAAUAAUCAGAAUGUCAAGCUGCUGAACCAGCAAUACCAGGUGGUGAGUCACUGGGAUGUGAAUGCUCGGCCAGUUGACAUUUGUUUGAUCACACCCAGUGAGGUUGCAGUGGCUGUGAAUACUAGCAAGAUACAUGAGGUCCAGUUUAUCACUGUCAACCAGGGAAAGCUUGAUCCUGGCAGGAAGUUUCAGUUACAACAUACAUGUAGAGGUAUCGCCCACCAUCAGGAUGACCUAUAUAUCUGCUCCCGUACUGCCCUGUACAAGUACACAUUGAGUGGCAAACAGCUCUGCAGACUCUACCAAGAUAGAUCAGGUGAUUACACAGUAUCCAGUUGUGCUGUGAGUCCCACAGGGGACAGGCUGUACAUCACCAGCUACAACCAGCACAAGCUCCUCACCCUGGCCAGGGAUGGCACACUCCUGGCUACAUUCACAGACCCAGCACUACAUUGGCCAGCUGGUCUACAUGUGACCCCUGCAGGCCAGGUGCUGCUCUGUGGAUACUCGUCCGACACUGUACUACAGGUGGACAGAGAGGGGGAGAGUAAGCUGGCCACUCUGGCUACUCUGGAGGAUGGAGUGAUGUACCCAGUGUCAGUCUGCUACAGCAGCACCACUUCAUCCAUCAUUGUCGGACAGUUGGGGGACAACAUCCUGGUGUUCAAAGUGGAUGGCUGGUCAACCGUGGCUAACAAGGGUACCUUAUCCCAACAUCGAAAGGAGACACUGCCAGCUCAGCAGGUGAAGGAGCCAAAAGAGAGACCAUCUGGCACUCAAAAACCAGCAGCAUUAGUAACCAUGGAACCAACUGUAGAAAGUAGUUCAACAAAUGAAGAGUCAAUCAAGGAAGACAUUAGAAGAUUGUUGGAACAGCUACAAGUUGACGUCAUGGCAGAAUGUGGAAGUGCCUUAUUCCCAGCAUUCAGACAUGGAUGUGGGGCUCUCCAGGGCAUGGUAACCCGAGGAAAAGGGCUUUUUUACAACCCUGUUUUUAGUGAGACUGAGAGCGAAAUUGUAUUUCAAAAAUGUAUUCAGCUCUACACCACGUCUAUUUUAAUGGACAAGAUAAAGGCAUCUCACACGAAACCUGAGCAGCUGCGUCAUGUAACAAUAUUUAGCAGACAAAAGCAAAAUAUUUCCUUUCCUGCGUUGGUUGCUGUUGACAUGAAACAGUAUUUCCAAAUAAAAAAUUGGAUAAGCAGCCUUAAUAAAGAGAUUGCUGGCUUAUGUGUGCUUUUGUUUGACGAGAAACCAGAUACACAAUACAUUGCACCAGACUGGGGCGUGUUUCAAAGCAUGACAACACUAUGGGACACAUUUGUUGCUGCAGAUGAUCUUCUAGAACGAGCCAUAUUUGCAGUGUUAAAGAACCUGGUCGAAAAGUGUGUUAACAAAUAUGGACCAUCAACUGAUUUGUCAGAUGUUGAGAAAGAAAGUACACUACAAAGUAUUUAUAAUUAUGCAAGGACUGCAUACAAAAGAAGUGAAGUACCGGAACAAGAAAGACCAGCCCUUCCAGAUAUUUCAUAUAUGUACCCUCAAGAUAUUGAUGAGGUAGUCAAAGGGCUUUUUGAAAUAAAAGGGGUUGUUGGUUGCUCUAAAAAUAUUGGGCAUCUUGAAGUAAUUAUUGAAAACACACAAGACAGCAGUGUAACCAUGAAUGGAGUAAACCUGUAUCUUCAAAACAAAAAGGUCAAAGCCAUGUUUAUACAUGGAACACUCUCACCUCUCAUUUCCAGUGGGGAUAAGGUUUCAAAUGAACGAUUACUACAACAAAAACGAUUUGCAACAUUGGGAGGAUUUGCGCUGACAUUUCCCAAAACGACUACCAAUCGUAAUGGCAACGUAGCUGCAACAUCUCUUCCGAGCGGUACACUGUCACAACACACUAGAGGAAAGCUUGUUGCCCUUAUCUCACAACAUGUAGCAAACAGAAUCGGGUUGUUCGAAUCCGUAUGUGCAUGUGAUAAUAUUGGAACAUUUGAAAUCGGAAGAAUUAACGAUAUCCACGAGGACCUGCCGGUUGAUAUAGUUCAUUUCGACAUUUAUGAAGAUCGUAUUAACCAGUGUGACAGUAGAUUCAAAACAGAGAUAGGCAUGCAGAUGUUUGGCCAAGAAUGUUCUUCAGAAGAACCAAUUCGUGAAGGAGAGCUAGUAUAUAUAUGGGGAGCAGCAACGUCUCCGGGUUUAGGAACAAUCGCUGCUGUUGAUUUAGAAACCCCAAAUGGAUUGUUGAUAACAAUACAUGAUCGCAAUGAGGGUAAGUCGUUCUGUGAAGCAGGUGACAGCGGUGCCAUGGUAUGUGCAACUGAUAGCAGGGAACGAACAUUGUAUGCUAUUGCAAUGAUCCAAGGAAAACUUCAAAGAUCUAGUGGAAGAGCAACAUAUGUUGCCGUAAGUCUUAAUGAGGGAUUCAAAAAAUUAGAAGCACAUUAUUUGUCAAAAUUCAGUCUGUGCAAAGAUCAGCCCACAUGAAUAAAUGUGUUGUUCUGAUAGGAUUUGAUUGAUAAUAACAUACCAUGAACUGACUCGCUGAGUGCUAACAUAAAAAUUAAAAAUGUUAUAAUAUAGCACAAAUAGUUUGUGUUAUGUUAUCAUACAGUAGAUGGCCUCUACAGAAAUUGGGGUCACUUAUAGUUCCAAGGUUGACGGUAACUGUCACCCUAAGUGUGAAAUAAUUUCUGAUUUAUAACUCGCUAACUGACUAACGGAUUGGCUUGAUACUUCCCAUGUGCAUUGGCCUUGGACAGUAAAUGACUCUUACUGAAAUUGGGGUUGCUAGGUCAAGGUCACUGUCACAAUAAGUGUGAAAAUUGUAUUCUGAUCAAUAACUCAUCAACGCAUUGACUGUUUGGCUUGAUUCAUCACAUGUGCAAUGGACUUGAACAGUAGAUGACCGUUUUGAAAUUUAGGUCACUCGUUCAAAUGUUAAGGUCACUGUUACUAUUAUAUUAUACGAUUAACUCUAAUUGUCAGUUUUGUUGCAAAAUAUCCUGUGUCCAGGCCCUGUUUGGGGGGACAUCUGUGGAUCUCUUGUCAUAAUUGUAUUUGUGACUUAUAAAUCUGGUAAACUA